GCUCGCUUAUAGCCACGUUACGUGUGUAUAGCUAUUGCAACUAACUUCCUCGGGCAGAAGAUCCGAUUUUGCGAUUGUUUCGAUGUCGAUUUCAAUCAAAACGAGAAACGUGUCGUUUUAUGACGAAACAUCGAUCGCGUAUCGAAUAUCGAAUCGGUGUAACAAUUGCUUUCAAAAAUCAAUCCUGAUCGCCGCCAAAUGCCGCCAAGUCGCCUCUGUUGAGACUGAUCCUGACCCAGAGAUCCGAUUUAGAGAGUGGAGUUACCUGGCUCUAGCAUCGCCACGAGCUUCGACAGAUAUGCGAACGUGCGCAGCUAGCAUCGACGCGACUCAAGGAGAUUUCUUUGAUCCAAAUCCCGUGACAACCUGUGCGACAACGAUUGCUUGCGAUACUGACGAUCGCGCGACAGCAUCCACAUUGCUACCGCACUCUAUGGAGAUGCUGCGUGGUCCGCCGUACGGAAGUUGUCUUCCAACGCCCAUUGGGGAGCAUUCCAAUAGCACUAAAAUCGUAGACGCCAUAAUUGGCCUCCAGUGUUCCCUGAUCCCUAGGUGCACGCGAACUCGGCUACAGCCCCCCCCUGCGUUUAUCGUACAACGUUCAGCAUCUGUAGCCGUGGUGCUAUCGAAGUUCCAUCAUCAUGAGCCCGAACUGUGCGAGCGAAUGCCGGGACUAUAUCGGAAGUAUUCCGGAUGCAAUUUGAAGACGUAGUGAUCGUUUGUUUAGAAGCCAUGCUUUGCAACCUUUGUUUCCCGACAUGAUGGCCCGCCCAGAUGACAAGUGACUCCGAUGCUGGUCUAUCUGUCGAUGUGAUUAGACUUCGUGUGACUGAACAACAUCGCCGUUC